UCAUCCAACUGAAGCACAGCCAUGCAGGAAUCUCCUGGCUCUAUUGGUGUGGAUGGGGGUUAUGCCAGUAAUGUGCCUGCCUUCCUAACCAAACUGUGGACCCUGGUCGAGGACCCGGACACCAACCAUCUCAUCUGCUGGAGUGCUACUGGAACCAGCUUCCAUGUUUUUGACCAGGGAAGGUUUGCCAAGGAGGUGCUGCCAAAAUACUUCAAACAUAACAACAUGGCCAGCUUUGUCCGUCAGCUCAACAUGUAUGGCUUCAGGAAGGUGGUGAACAUAGAGCAGAGUGGCCUGGUGAAGCCAGAGCGAGACGACACAGAGUUCCAGCACCUCUACUUCCUGCAAGGCCACGAACACCUGCUGGAGCACAUCAAGAGGAAGGUCUCCAUCGUGAAGAGUGAAGAGACUAAAGUACGACAGGAGGACUUGAGUAAGCUGCUGUAUGAGGUGCAGGUGCUGCGCAGUCAACAAGAGAACAUGGAGUGUCAGAUGCAAGACAUGAAACAGCAGAAUGAGGUGCUGUGGAGAGAGGUGGUCUCACUGAGACAGAACCACACCCAGCAGCAGAAAGUCAUGAACAAGCUGAUUCAGUUCCUAUUCAGCCAGAUGCAAUCAAACGCACCCAGCACUGUAGGAAUGAAGAGAAAGCUUCCCCUCAUGUUGGAUGUUGGCUCCACCACACCUCCAGCCUCUAAGUUCAGCCAUAGCCACCAAAUGGAGUCCCUGCAUGAGCCCUUCUAUAUCCAGUCGCCAUCUACAGAAACUGCCUCUUGCUCCAAUAGUGCAAUGACAGGAGGACCAAUCAUAUCAGACGUUACAGAAAUGUCACAACCCACCAACAUGGCCAUUCAAAUGCAAACAGAGGAGACAAGGGAUAAGUGUAUGAUGCUUAUCAAAGAGGAACCAGUGAGCCCAGGGGUGCGAGGCCGGGGGGAUGGUGUUCCACUGGGCUCCUGCGAGGUGUGUUCUGAACCCCCUGUCCUCCAUGUUGCCAUGGUACAGUCCGUCCUGGAGGGCAGAGGGUCUGGAGCAGAGAGGAGGAGCAAGAGACCUGCUCUGGAAAGACCAGAAGUACCUGAUGCUGUAGAGAAUGUGGACAUGAGUCUAGAGGACUUGCAGCUUCUCCUGAGGACCCACCAACAAAGCGUGGAGCCCACCGCUGCUGUCAUAGAUCCAUUCAAUUUCAACCUGCCCUUGAGUGAGUGGAACUUUAAUGAUAUGGAGUCCAACCUAAAAUCAUACAUGUUUCAGAACCAGGAGGCAGAGGCUUACCCCAACGCUGGAUGUGAGGAACAGUAACAGCUUGACAGAUCAGCUGACACAGGCUAGUCCUAACAAAGACAGAAAACAAGACAUUCCUCAAGGCUCUCAGAUGUGUUCCAUCCGCAGUCGUCACGUCGUAGAUCCAGCGCACCUGACCCAAUGUGAGCAGAGCAGGAGGAAUUCCUGUCACUCAGAGCUCUGUGGGCCCACCUUCCAUCCACCAGACUGUCAGCUCUGGGGAGUUUUUUUCAGAAGCACUAUAUGGUUUUUCAGAGAACCAGAGGUUAAUCUAUUUGGAAUUAUUUAGACUUCCUUCACUGAAGUUCAACAGUUUUAUUGGUGGAGACCCUGGCAGUUUUCACUUCAAACGUUGAUCCGCAGGACAUCCUGACAUAAGCAAUGGCUUCUCUCUCUAAAACUGGACUGAGCUACAUUUCGAGUGCCUGACUGAGGGACUUCAAAUCAUGAAAGACCAACCGACCAGUUGAUAUUUCAGGGAUAAAUUCCUAGCACAGAAUUGGAGUACAACCAGCAAGUUCUACUAUUCUCUGCCAUCAUUCCAGUGGUAGUAUGCAAAGUUGCAUCAUACCAAAGUGGCCCAAGUUUGUAAGCACUUUAGUCUGUGUGGGAAAGUUUCUGCUUGUGGCGCUGAUUUAUUUCCCAAAUAGCCCAUUUGGUAUGAAAAUUAUAUUCUUGUGCAAAUACUAUAUUUGUAUUUCAAAAUGAUAUUCAUAAAAUUACAGAAAUAGUGUUAUCUUCUGUAUGUUUUAAUGUGAGAGGUCUAGGAAAUAUUUAUGAUAGACUUCCCAUUUGAAAAAACAAUGAAGAGACCAUACAUUGCUGUUUUGCACAAUUUGUAUCACAAUUUAUUCUUAAUCACAAUCCAUAUAUUUCCCUUGAAACAGUGCAUUUGGGCACUCCUGUGCACAAGAGUAACUUAGACAAAUUGUUAAAUACUGUGCAUUAGUCAAAUGUAGAAGAAGAGAUAGAUGACCCAACUUCAGCUGAAGUUUAGAUAAGAUCAAUGUGUAGACUCACUAAACAGAGAGGAAAGAGAGACGUACUAGUGUCACUAAACCUGUGUCUGUCUAUUUGUCUUUUUUCUUCCAUCCAUAUAACUUUCUAGCUACCACAUCUCUCUUUUCUUCUGACUAGUUUAACCUGAUUUAUUAUAGAUAAACAUUAUGACCUUCCAUUGAUUUUAGUGGUGGAUAGAGGCAAAGUAAUGUUUGAUUUCAAGACAGAUGAAGAGCCUCCCUAGAGCAUUUGGACUCUACAAUGCCUCCAUUUGUUUCAGAGACAGGCCAAAUCCCAUAUUUGGAUUAUACACAAUAUACAAACAAAAGUAUGUGGACACCCCUUCAAAUUUGUGUAUUCAGCUAUUUCAGCCAGACCCUUUGCUGACAGGUGCAUAUAAUAGAGGGCACAGCCAUGCAGUCUCAAUAGAUGAACAUUGGAAGGAGGCUGGCUUUACUGAAGAGCUCAGUGACUUUCAAUGUGGCACCGUCAUAGGAUGCCACCUUUCCAACAAUCAGUUUGUCAAAUUUCUGCCCUGCUAGAGCUGCCCCGGUCAACUGUAGGCACUGUAAUUGUCUAGGAGCAACAACAGCUUAGUGGUAGGCCACAAGCUUACAGAACAGGACCGCCGAGUGCACUCCAUAUUAAUGCCCAUGAUUUUGGAAUGAGAUGUUCGACGAGCAGGUGUCCACAUACUUUUUGUCAUGUAGUGUAUCUUUCUUAUACAAACUCCAGAAGGUAUGGAUGUGGACUGAUGAUGUAGGAGGGGUGCAAUACCCCCCCCCCCCACCCUCUUUCUCAAUGAUCUGAGCAGGCUCAUAUGAUUUUGAUAGACAUCCUAUAUUCCUCAGAUAAUUUGGAAUUUCUGGAAAACCAUCAGAAUCUGAAGAAACACCAGUGACUUUUUUUGACUGUGGAGGACACAUCUACAUGGAAAACAGCCCAGGUCUUGACAAUCUUCCUUUUGAACUGAUAAUACUAUACUGUGCAAUAUUACAGAGUUGUGAGAAUUCACAAGGUUGCAAUACAUCAAUGACCCUUGGAAUGUAUAAAGUAACUGUAUCAGAGGCUGCAUCAUAAGUAACACCUGUAGACUAUAAUCUUAGAAGAGGGAAAUGUAAGGUGGCGUAUAAUUGAAAUUGCACUAAGAAUUAUCAUUGUAUUAGAUUUAGCAGUGUUCAUUUAGACUUAGUAUUUAUCAGUGUUUUCUUUAUUACUGAAAUAUGAGUGUUUCUCUGAUUUGCUAGGAGUGAUACUUUACAUUCAAUUGGCAUUGUAUUUAUUUUUUAUUCAUUUGCACUGAUCGGAUGUUGAUGAUCGGAUGUUUUUAAAUAUACAUAAUGCUUGUCAAGAUUGCAGACUCAUCAAAGUAUUUACAUUUUUUGGAUUAAUCAUCAUCUUCUGUAACAAAAGAAAUGCAUCGUUAUAAUGCAUCAUUGUCUAUGGCUUUGCAAGGACAGUGUUGUACAUGGGCAGAACUGGACUAAAGUCACAAUGAAACAAAACAUGUAUGCAAUGACAAUACAAGUAGUUAAAAAUAAAAGUGAGC